AUGACUUCUAGUACGGUAUUAGAAGGACGUCCAUAUCCAGUUACACAACACUUAAUUAAAAAAUACCAACGUUUUCUGCUAGGACAAGCAUCAAAUAAGGAUGGUACUUUAGCACCAGGGAAGAAGCAUGAUUUGGAAUUAAGUUUAAGGGAAAUAGGUAUCAAUAUGAAAUGUCAUUCUAGUGACGACCAUUUCCAAGGAAUGUCACCCUCGAGCAACGCAGAUGAUGAGCAAGAUGAAUCAAGUGGUAUCAGUCUAUUUUCCAAAUGUAAGAUCUUUGCAUACCAGUUAUUUGUUGGGGAUUAUAAAAAAAAAUUACUUAUUGAAAAGCUUAUGGAGGAAAAGCAACUUGCGAUUUCCUAUGAUGAAUGGUGUUACUAUGGAUUAAGAUUAGAUGAACUCACCGAUGUCACUAAAUGGAAGCAGGAAAUGGAAUCGAAUUUAUAUGAUUAUCAAUUGGUGAGGGCACUAACUUUAAAAAUGAGACAGGCAAGAGAAUCUGAAGACUAUUCGCAGUUGCUAUACACAGUAAGGAGUACUUGGGUAAGGAACUUGGGGAAUAUGGGGAAUGUGAAUCUCUAUAGGCAUUCUCAUCAGGGUACUAAAUUUCUUAUUGAUGAGUAUAUGAUGGAAUCACAACUAGCAUUAGAGGCACUGUUGUCGUCUUCGGAUUUUGACGAAAGCUACCUGUUAGGAAUCUUACAACAAACUAGGAGAAAUAUAGGUCGCACUGCACUAGUGCUAAGUGGCGGUGGUACGUUUGGUCUUUUCCACAUUGGUGUAUUGGCAACCCUCUUCGAAUUGGAUUUACUGCCGAAAGUCAUUAGCGGUAGCAGUGCCGGAGCUAUAGUUGCUAGUAUAGUGUCCGUGCACCAUAAAGAUGAAAUUCCUCAGCUAUUGGAUCGUGUUCUGGAAAUGGAGUUCAACAUUUUCAAAGAUGAUAACGAAAAGAGUGAAAGUGAGAAUUUCCUGAUAAAGAUUUCCCGGUUUUUGAAAAAUGGUACUUGGUUCGACAAUAAACAUUUGGUUCACACUAUGGUAUCGUUUCUAGGAGAUUUGACUUUUAGGGAGGCAUAUAACCGCACAGGUAGGAUAUUGAACAUUACAGUUUCACCGGCAUCCCUGUUUGAACAACCUCGACUCCUUAAUAACUUAACGGCACCAAAUGUUCUCAUAUGGUCGGCAGUUUGCGCAUCUUGUUCACUUCCUGGAAUUUUCCCCUCAAGUCCUCUAUAUGAAAAGGAUCCAAAGACAGGUGAAGCCAGAGAAUGGGGUGGUAGCAGUUCAGUAAAAUUCGUUGAUGGAUCGGUGGAUAACGAUUUACCAAUUUCGCGACUUUCUGAAAUGUUCAACGUGGAUCACGUCAUUGCAUGUCAGGUGAAUAUUCACAUUUUCCCCUUCUUAAAAUUAUCUUUAUCCUGUGUGGGGGGUGAUAUUGAGGAUGAAUUUAGUGCUCGACUCAAACAAAGCUUGUCCAGUGUUUACAAUUUCAUGGCAAAUGAGGCUAUUCACGCUUUGGAAUUGGGCUGUGAAUUUGCAGUUGCUAAAAACCUUUUAACCAAGCUUCGUUCAGUGUUGUCACAACAAUAUUCUGGUGAUGUAACCAUUCUACCUGAUAUGAAUCAAAUUUUUCGAGUUACUGAAUUGUUAGCCAAUCCAUCCAAAGGUUUCUUACUAAGGGAAACGGUUAAUGGUGCUAGAGCCACUUGGCCCAAAGUAUCAAUCAUUAAGAACCAUUGUGGUCAAGAAUUUGCAUUAGACAAGGCAAUAGCCUUUCUCAAGGGUAAGAUAAUUGUCAGCUCUUCCAUCAAGAAUCCAUUACAGUUUGCUGAUAAUAUCCCAUGUGGAUUAGUGAAGGCACGUAAUAAGAAGAAAGGUAGAAAUCACAGAUAUGACGAAAAUAAUAAUCAACGGUUACACGAAUUGGACGAUAAUUUAUUCGAGUCGGAAUCUAUUAAAUCUUUAUUAACUAUGCGUGAAAAUCCAUCAUCGUAUGCAUAUCAUGUUAGCGGUGCUAACCAUUCCUUACCAAUACAUGCUUCCCCCACUGCAGUGAGACAUCACCCUCGUAGAAAAUCCGAGACUAAUGCAAGGACCAAACAUGCAAGUAAAUCAUUAUCUCCACCUAUCUCUGCUUCACUACCACAUGCUAGAAGAGAAAGCACUGAAGGUGUUUUCCCACCUCGUACGCCUAGCAAGCCUCCAAGAAAGGGCCUCAGCCUAGAUUCCCGUUUGUACAAAUCUCAAAAUCGCAUUGAAUCAGCACCUAUAUCUCAACACAUGGAAGAUUCACCACCACUCUCUACGUCAUCAGCGUUCCGCCCUAAUAUUACAAGAACAACUAAGAGUUAUCCCGGUCUGGGAGAUACUAAUCCGGACGGUGACUCUGAGGAAUCAUCGCUUGAAACUCCUCAAACUCCUCAUGCAUCUACUGGAAGGCGGUCCGUUCCAGGUCAAAAGAACACUAAGAGAGAUCUGUCUUGGGAUGGCAGGAUUGAAUUAGUGGAAUAA